GGUAUUACUUGUGCAUCGUAUUUAUCAUCGUACCUAAUCAAUUUGAUAAAAACUAACACCGCGAAUGAAAAUAAAAUCAUCGUUGCUAGAAGUAAAAUAUAGUAGUUAGGUACCUAUAUUCAUGCUCAAUACCUACGCGACAGAUGUGAUUCGAUGUACGUUAACCUCAAUAUAAUCGGGAUAAUUACAACAAUUGAAAUACACUCUGGUUACAAGGUUUAACUGUAAUGUAAUGCUAUUUUCCGUAUUUGUUUAUUUCAACGCGGCUGUGAAUUACUAGUCAGACGUGAGGACGUGAUGUUCUUCGAUAAAGCAAUGAAUUCCAUAGUGUGGAUAUUUUUUAUAUCAAAUUUUAUAUUUCAUUCUUCAGCGUAUUUUUUAAAUGGACGUUCGAAUCACGGUGUAGGAGAACCGUAUAUUCCGCGAACUGGAUAUCAAAUUGUUUUACCCGAAGAUCAGUAUUUUGAACAGAAAUUGGAUCAUUUCGAUCCUACCAAUGAGGAUACCUGGUUACAGCGUUAUUGGAGAAAUCCGCAGUAUUAUAAAAAUGGAGGUCCAGCAUUUUUGAUGAUAAAUGGCGAAGCUACCGCUUCUCCUAAAUGGUCCGUUACGGGGCAAUGGGUAUCGUAUGCGAAGACUUUGAAUGCUAUUGGCUUCUCUUUAGAGCAUCGUUUCUACGGUCGAAGCAGACCUAAAAAUGAUACUAGUGCUGAGAAUCUUGUAUAUCUGAGUAGCGAACAAGCUUUGGCUGAUAUUGCCUAUUUCAUUCGAGGAGUAACUAAACAAUACGCUUUGCCUAAGGAUAUCAAAUGGAUUGUAUUUGGAGGAUCGUACGCUGGAUCUUUGGCUGCGUGGGCUCGUCUGAAAUAUCCUUAUUUGAUCCAUGGAGCGGUUUCUUCAAGUGGUCCGCUUCUUGCUAAGGUGGAUUUUGCAGAGUAUUUUCAAGUUGUUAAAUCAUCUUUGGAUUCCUACAAUUCAAAGUGCUCCAAUAAAAUUGCUAUGGCUAAUCAAAAAUUAGAUACUUUGGUCAAAACUGAUGCAGGUCGAGAGCAAGCAGCCAAUCUAUUCCAAUUAUGUGGUAAACUGGAAAAUAAUCCUGAUGAUAUAUCGUCUUUCUUCGCCGGAUUGGCUGAUAAUUUCGCCGGAGUCGUUCAAUACAAUCGAGAUAAUCGAGAAUCAGAAACUAAAUCGAUCACGAUUGAGACUCUUUGCAACAUAAUGACUCUCCCUGUUCGAAAUACUUCUGCUCUAGUUUUAUACGCUGAAGUCAACAAAUUCAUGUUGAAAUCAUACAAUUUGACUUGUCUCGACCAUAGUUACAAAAAUUACAUCGAUAGCUUGAAAAAGAUAGACUAUGAAAGCGCCGCUGAAGUGGAUAGGCAAUGGAUUUACCAAACUUGCACAGAAUUCGGAUUUUAUCAAAGUUCCAGCAAUGCGUCGGAUAUUUUCGGUCCUCAUUUUCCCGCCGAAUUCUAUACCAAGCAAUGCGAACAAAUAUUUGGCAAAAAGUAUGAUGAAAAGUUGUUAAACAAUGCGGUUUAUCGGACCAAUACUAUUUAUGGAGAACUGAAAAUUAACGUAGGAAAUAUCGUCUUCGUUCACGGAUCAGUUGAUCCUUGGCAUGCUCUUGGUAUUACUCAUGUGCAAGAUGAAGAUGCUCCCUAUGAGACCAUAUUUAUUAAAGGCACCGCUCAUUGUGCUGAUAUGUAUCCCUCUAGCGAUGAAGACACCCAAGAAUUAAAAGAAGCAAGGAGUAAAAUCCAAACGAUAUUGCAGUCUUGGCUGCAGAAGGGUAAACCAAAGCCCAAGAAAUUCGAAGUUCAAAUCGAAUAUAAAUAUGCUCCAAAUUCUCCCUUCAAAAUGGAUCCUAAAUUUUUGUACGAUGUUCAAGAACGGCUACCUGUAGAUUAAUUUUGUACCUACUUGGAUAUUUUUUUAUUCAAUAUAUACUAUCCAUACGUA